CCUACACACAGCUCCGCCUACUCUCCGCUGCGCCCUCAUCGUCCAUCACCCGUCCGCCGUCCCCCACCAUGGCGUCCAAGGCAGCACACAAGCGUCUCACAAAGGAGUACAUGACCAUGCAGAGGGAUCCUCCACCCUUCGUCUGGGCGGUGCCCGAGGAGAAGAACAUCUUGACAUGGAAUUACAUCAUUCGCGGGCCUCCCGACUCCCCCUUUGCCGGCGGCGAGUAUCACGGUGUCCUGCUUUUCCCCUCGGAGUACCCAUUCAAGCCUCCAGGUAUCAAGAUGUUGACGCCCUCAGGCCGCUUCCAGCCAGACCGCAAGAUAUGCUUCUCCAUGUCCGACUUCCACCCAGGCACUUGGAACCCCGCAUGGAGUGUAUCAACAAUAUUGACCGGCCUCCUGUCCUUCAUGCUCUCGGAUGAGAUGACGACGGGCUCAGUGACCUCCACCGACUCGGACAAACGCGCAUAUGCCGUCCGCAGCCAUGCGUGGAAUAUCAAGCAGAAGCGGUUCCAGGAGGCGUUCUCGGACUACUGCACACUAGCCAUGCGCGACUUGCCCAACAUGGGCGAGAAGGAGCGCGGUUCAGCCUCCACCAACAUUCCGCCACCCGCCCCACCCGCGUCUAGCACCACACCAUCAGCAACGCCCACCAGCUCGACCAGUGCGGACCCAAACGCGUUGUCGCGGCCAUCGAACCCCAACGCGAAUGGUGAGGCAGCCGCGAAUGCGCCGGGUUGGACUGACGCCUGGCGGCAGGUCCUCUGGCAGAAGUGGCGGUGGGGCAUCAUCCUCGUGCUCGCGCUGGUGGUUUCGCGGAUGUCCUCUAGGUGAUCAGCAUUCCUGCGCUAGUCGUGGUCCCGUCGUCAUUAGACUGUCACUUGGAGGCUUGGAGGAUUGUGACGCGGUGCAUAUCAGUUUCGAUCCUGGCCUUCCUCCGUCUUCAUACAACGGAGUUCUGAUUCAUUCAUCUUUACCCCUGCGGUUCCCCGUAACACCAUACACACUCAUUGUAUUACGUUCUCCUCGUUCCGUAUAAUCUGACUAAUGUCGGACACUUGGUACUACUCCCGGUCAGUUCAUGUUCAAAUAGGCAUUGUUGUACUCUAGGCUGGAAUGUGAGUCUCCCACAGAGCUGAGCAUGAGA